AUGCCGCGGCCUUUUGGUGUCUGGGCGCCCGCGACAACCCUCGCGGAGUACCGAGCGCGUCUGCCAAGCUUCAGGGCGUUCUCCCUGAGGUGGGUGUGGGGCGGGCGGCGCGAGGUGUACUACCACCCCGAGGCCCUCGCACACUUCAAGGACCACCAGCAGUACAAGGACGCCGUCGACACCGUUCGCGCAAUGCAGGUCUCCGAUAAGUUCUUCGGCGAGGGAACAAAGCUUCCGCGCCACCCAAUCUUGAAGUUGAUGGUAUCAUUUGGGCUGUACGCCUCUGUUGUCUACGCUGGCCUGCGCUACUACUACGGCGUGUAUGUGCCUGCGAACAACCCGACGUGGCGUAAGGUGGUGAACAAGGAGUGGGAGGAGGCUAUCAACAACUCGCCAUGGGACCACAUGUCGCACGUGUGGCAGUACAGCGACCAGUACGCGUCAGUGAUUGGCGAGGCCGGCUCACCUGGCCCACGGAAGUUCUACAUCCCCGCGUAA